CGGCUUUUGGCUUUCGCAAGGUGCAGUCGCGUCGUGAUCGCAUCCUCCAGAUACUAUAUACUUUAUACAUAUAUAUAUAUAUAUAUAUAUACAUACACACAAAAGAGAUACCGAGGAUCGUUCUAAUUUAAACAAAAACCUUUGUGAAUUCUUGGUAAGAAAUGAGCACGUGCUGACCAUCUUGUGGACCAUCGAAUUAUGCCAAGACAUUCGAGCACAAUGAGCCGCCUUGUUCUGCCCCUGAUCUUCAGCGUUUUGCUGUUCAGCAAGCCAUUCCCAUCGCAGGCUCAGGAUGAAUCCCUGGCUGGCAGUUUCCUAUCAGGUCUUUUGGACACCAUAACGAGCACCGCUGAUUCAAAGGAUUGUCCUGGAGUAUGUGUCCACACUUUGGCCACUUUGAUUUGCUACGAAGUUCUAGACGAUGUCGCAUGCCCUUCGCCCAGCAUGAAGUGCUGCAUAGAGAAUGCUCCAGCCGGCAAGAAUGUCACUGCUGUGAGAGCCACCACAACGCCGAAAACCACAACCACUGCUAGCACCACCACCACCCAGAGAACCACCACCACGGUGGCCACCACCAGCACCACAAAGAGGACCACCACAACGAGCACCACUCCAAAGCCAAAGCCAAAGCCGCAGACCAAGCGACCUGUCACCAGCUCCACCACAAAAGCCACGGCGGCCACCACCAAGAAACCCAGCACCACCAAGAAAGUGGCCACUGCCAAGCCCAAGGACAAGGAGGAGUCCACCAAGGCCGAUGAUGCCAACAAAGACUGCACUGGAGUUUGUGUGGCUGAUCGCAUCGCGGAGUACUGUGAGGCCUACUUGACCAGCGAUGGACUGUGCAAGGAGGGCACCAAGUGCUGCGUCUCCCUGGAUGAGUAUUCCAAUGGCAAGCUACCCAAGGAUAUCUACAUUCCAGCCAAACACAUGGGCAACUUGAAGCCCAACCAGACGCUGUCCGAGAAAUCGGCUCCCGCAAAGAGUUCCAGCACGUCCACAAGUAGCACCACUAGCACCACCAGCACCACCACAACGCCAGAACCGGCUAGAACCAACAAUAGUUCUCCGAAGCCGAGCAAGCACAAGAAGCACCCGACCACCACAACGACGGAGGCAGCCGAGGAGGAGGAGGAUCAGGAGACGGAGGAGGAUGGCGAGGAGGAGGAGCCACCACUGAGUAACAAGCUGAAGUCCGGACAAGGUCAGGGUCAGGUGCUGAAGGAAUGCGAGGGCGAGUGCAUGAAUGGGAUAUUUGCGAUCUUCUGCGACGACAUCGAUUCCGAUGCCUUCUGUCCCGGCGAAGGAAGCUGCUGUGUGACUGGAGGUGCCUCGGAGGCACCACCCUCCUCCAAGGCGCCGCCCACCAAGCCGGCCAUCAAGCAUGCCCCCAAGCCAGCAGCCAAGCCCGCUCGUCCCGCGUCUCCCCCACCACCACCCCCAUCGACCUCUGGAGGCGGAGGAGGCGGGGACUUCCUUUCCCAAAUCAUUUCCUUUGCGGAGAGCACUCUGAACUCGCCAUCUCCACCACCGCCGCCACCUCAGGCGCCGGUUCAGGUGCCUCGCUGUCCGGGAUUCUGUCUGCUCAACAUUAUGGCCGCCUUCUGCGAGAGACCCUCGGUGCUGGUCUCCACACCCACCACCUGUGCCAAGGGAUCUGUGUGCUGCGACAACUCCAGAGCCGGAGCUCCCAAGCCCAAGUUGCCACCACCCACGCCCUCGCCAACGGCCCCGCCCACUGCUCCACCAUAUGUCCUGCCCAAUACCCCCAGUCCCGAUCCGCGAGAGGAAUGCCCAGGAUCCUGCAUCGUCAGCCUGCUCAGCUUCACUUGCUUCAAAAACGCCGAGAUGACCGACAUGUUCCGCUGCAAGCGUUCCGGCCAGAUUUGCUGUGCGCCCAAGAGCAAGAUCCUCGAGAAGCAGCAGUUCCAGACGCGCAACGACACCGCCUACUACCCGGCACCACCCCCACCGCCCAUUGGGCCACCACAGGCAUAUCCACCACAGACGCCACCCUACUCGUACAUGAACAACCCACCGCCACAGGGACCACCACCACAGAUGGCGCCACACCAUCCAAAUCCCUACCAGCCACCGCCGCCGGCGCCCAACUACGGAGAUUACUAUCCCGUUUCCGGACCAGGUCUUCCGCCACAACCUCAGCCACCGAUGACCACGCCUCCGACGACGACUACAACCACGACGACUCCAAGGCCACAUGUCUACUCCAAGUAUGUGUGUGGUGUGAAGGGAACUCUGCGAACGGGCAGAUCCCAGGCAUUAUCCAUGGUCUCCUACGCCCGUGCCAAGUACGGAGUACAGAGGACAGCUCGCCAGAUGACCUCCGCCGCCGGCUACUCUCCGAACUUCAACAAAUCCAAUGAGAGAUUGGUCCUGGGAUCCGCCAUUGUGCCCAUCCAGAUUCACAACGAUAAACUGGGUGACCUGGUGGAGUCAAGUAGCCUGCAGAGCAACCAACUGCGCUCGUAUCACAAUCACCAAGCACAGGCGGAUCAGCCAGAUCUCGUCUAUCCGGAGUACUACCAACAGAGAUCGCUCUACGGACUUCAGUCGAACUUCAGCGGCAGACGAAGGGCACGUGUGGUGGGCGGAGAGGAUGGCGAGAAUGGAGAGUGGUGCUGGCAGGUGGCGUUGAUCAACUCCUUGAAUCAGUACCUCUGUGGAGCAGCUCUAAUCGGCACCCAGUGGGUGCUCACAGCAGCCCAUUGUGUUACCAACAUUGUCCGUUCCGGAGAUGCCAUCUAUGUGCGAGUAGGUGACUACGAUCUGACCAGGAAAUACGGCAGUCCAGGAGCGCAGACACUGCGCGUGGCCACCACCUACAUCCAUCACAACCACAACAGCCAGACCCUGGACAAUGAUAUCGCUCUGCUGAAGCUCCAUGGUCAAGCGGAGCUGCGAGAUGGAGUGUGCCUGGUGUGUCUUCCUGCACGAGGAGUGAGCCAUGCGGCGGGCAAGCGAUGCACAGUAACUGGAUAUGGUUACAUGGGAGAAGCUGGUCCCAUUCCACUGCGAGUGCGCGAGGCGGAGAUACCCAUCGUGAGCGAUACGGAGUGCAUCCGAAAGGUGAACGCCGUGACGGAGAAGAUCUUCAUCCUGCCCGCCUCUAGUUUCUGUGCCGGCGGCGAGGAGGGACACGAUGCCUGUCAGGGCGAUGGAGGUGGACCUCUGGUUUGCCAAGAUGAUGGAUUCUACGAGCUGGCCGGCCUCGUCUCCUGGGGUUUCGGCUGCGGGCGACAGGAUGUGCCCGGCGUCUAUGUGAAGACGUCCUCGUUCAUCGGCUGGAUCAACCAGAUCAUCAGCGUGAAUAACUUAUAGUGAGGACACACUCGCAAAAGGACACACACUGACACCAUGUGCGGGAGGAACCCCGCUCUUGUGGCGAUUUCCAGGACUAAGGACUAAGGCCUGGUGUAGCCUACGAUUGUUUCCAGGGGUUCCCGCUCUUCGACUGCUAACGUAACUCCAUCCUAGUGUAAUCUAUUCAUACCUAAACCUAAAUCUAAUGGCUCCAAAUCCAGCAAGCAACUAUAUUAACUAUUACGAUUAUCGGUAGCGUAGACGGCAAUCUUUAAAAGUAUUCCCCUAUUUGAUAACGCCCUAUAUGGUAAACUGUUUUUGUAUAUACAAAAUAAAUACAAAAAAUCUUC